UGAUUCAAUUAUUGCUGGUUAACUUAUGAUAAAUAGAACAUAUAUUUCCUCUAUCUUGUAUUCGAGUAGCUGUAGCUACCUAGCGCCAGGUUAAGCCUUAAGCCUGAGCCUGGCCUAGGCAGGGAAUGGCAUCAUCUAAAAAUCGAGCCAGUAAAAGAGCUACUCACCACACUGUGUCAGUAAACAAUUCAAUGUAUGUGUGGGCUGGCAAUCAGGGUAGGCUACCUGAAGUACAUGAUGGUGAAGAAAAGAGAUGGUUUACUAGUAAUGUACAGCAGUUUACUCCUUCAACUGGUCAAUGGCUCACUAGAAGUACUACUGGUACUCCUCCAUUAGGAGUAUGUGGAUAUUGCUGUACUGCAAUAAAUGAUGUAUUGUAUUAUUUUGGGGGUUAUUGUGGCCAUGAUUUCUGUUAUCACAACAGCAUUACACAACUGGAUACUAUCAGUCUUCAAUGGAGAGAAUUAGAAUCAACUGACGCCACUAGAUCAGUUAUGAGGAGAGCCUUUGGUGGAAUGCUAUCAUUUGAUCAGGAUGGAGUGCACUACCUACUAAUCAUAGGAGGAAAAGGAUCUAAACCAGCUGUACAACUACAAUAUAACAAAUAUAUUGAGUUCACUGAUGGAAGGUGGCGUACUAAUGAGCAAUCAAUAUAUAACAUAUCAUUAAGAAAAUGGAGUGCUCCUUCAAUAAUAGGUCGGUGUAUACCGUCUGCUUCUGGCUUCAUCAUUGAAAAGAUCAACAACACUAGAGCUGUUCUGUUUGGUGGACUAGAGACUAAUGAUGACGCUAUGUCUACUUUUACUAACUACAUUUAUAUAAUAGAAGUAUCAGUUGGCACUCUGUUCUGGCAGUGUAUUAAGAAACCCGAAGCAAUAUGCCAAUGGCCUAUGCAUAGAUAUAAUCAUGCAGGUGCUAUUAUUAUAGCUGGACCAGGUUGUUUUAUGCUAGUGAUAAGUGGCGGGAGUAACAGCAGUGGUGACACAUUAGAUGAUUGUUGGAUCUUGAACACCACUCAAUUUUCGUGGAUAAAAUUAGAUGUACCUCACUCUGUUAGCAAAAGAAUGGCUCAUUCUCUGUCAGUGUAUAUUAUGAGUCCUCAUUGUGUUUGGAUGCUAACUGUUGGAGGAAUCAUUGAUGACAAAUGCGAACUUGUUGCUAAUCCUAACAUUGCUUUGUUAACUAAAUUGGUUACUAACAAUAAGGGAGAAUGGAUAGUAACUGAUACAUUAGAUACCAAUGUUAUAAAUAAUAAAGAGUACAAAAAGAAGUAUCAGGAGGUAGCACUUCUUGCAAGAAGAGUGUGGUUGGAGGAGUACCAGAAACCAAGGAAAGGAGGUACAGCCGAUAUUGAACAAACAGUACAAGCUCUUAUGAAGAAUCUUGAAGAGAAGGAGAAAAAAUUAAAAGAAAAGGAAAGAGAGCUACAGGAGAAGGAUAGAGAGCUAUGUCAGUCUCAAGAAGCAAUUUAUAGGUACCAGCAACAAGUAGAGCUUACAGAUGGUCACUGGGUUAUUAAUAAAGAUGAGGUGACUUUGACAAAAGAGGAGUUAGGAAGAGGAUCUUAUGCUGUCGUUACAGUUGGUAUCUUUAGAGGUUUAAGAGUAGCUGUUAAGUCACUUCAUGCUAUCAUCAUUUCAGAUUAUAAUCAAGGUCUCUUCUGUAGGGAAAUGAGCAUAGCAUCACAAGUACGUCAUCCUAACCUUGUCCAGUUUAUUGGUGCAACUAAAGUGGGUAAUCCUCUCAUUGUGACUGAGCUGAUGAGCACUAGUUUUAAUUAUGUGCUGCAAAGAAACCGAUUAACUAAUCAACAAAUUCUUAGUAUUGCCCAAGAUGUAGCUUUAGGCCUUAACUACCUUCAUCUGUUUCAACCUCAGCCUAUUAUUCGCAGAGAUGUUAGCAGUCCUAACGUACUAUUAAAGCUUUGCACUGGACCUGCUGGUUAUCAAGCUAAAGUAGCAGAUUAUGGUACAGCUAAAUUGCAAGAAGGCACUAGCACUGGUACUGUCAUGCCAGGCAAUCCAGCAUAUGCUGCACCAGAAGCUCCUAUUCCUGAUCAACACAGCCCAGCAAUGGACAUCUAUAGUUACUCUGUUCUUCUUAUAGAAAUGAACUUACGCCGUCCACCAGAAAUGACAACAGCAGAGAGACGACGACAAGCUGGUAAUGUUUCCUGGUUUGAUAUGAAAUCUCUGAUACAAAGAGGGCUUCAUGCUAAUCCUAGAUUUCGUCUUACUAUGGCUCAAGUAGUGAAAACAUUGAAUGAGAUGAGAUUUGAUUGAUCGAUUAUUAAUAUUGUUGUUGUUAAUGUGGUCAAGAGUAGAUUUACUCUUGCUGUGGUUAAAAUGUUUUUGUUGUAUUAUUUUUAUUUAAUACUGCUGCUUUUUAGUUUGAUUAA